CGCUGUGCGGAGAUCGGCUGAACAACUCCCUUAAAUCCAGUGGUGUGCGCUCCGCUGCGCUUCCCUCCUGCUCUGUCUCGGUUCCCAAGACUCACGCUCGGCCAGGCGUCUUUCCCUUUGCGCGCCGCUCCGCUCCACCCUGCGCCAGCCCGUGAGUGCUACUCUCCCUCGAAUCCAUCCUGAAGUCCAAUAACUUUUAUGGGAAAUGGUCUUCAGUGAUCUUACAUCGAGGACUGUGCACCUUUAUGAUGAAUGGAUCAAAGAUGCUGAUCCCAGAGUGGGAGACUGGCCACUCAUGUCUUCUCCUCUGCCACAAGCCAUUAUCCUUGGGCUCUAUGUCUACUUUGUCACUUCUCUGGGUCCAAAGCUUAUGGAAAACCGCAAGCCCUUUGACCUCAAGAAAUUGAUGAUUACAUACAACUUUUUAAUAGUGCUCUUUUCUUUAUAUAUGUGUUAUGAGUUCAUAAUGUCUGGCUGGGGUGUAGGCUAUUCAUACCGGUGUGACAUUGUUGACUAUUCCAGAUCACCUAUAGCCCUAAGGAUGGCAUGGACCUGCUGGCUUUAUUACUUCUCCAAGUUCAUUGAGCUAUUAGAUACUAUCUUUUUUGUUCUGCGUAAGAAAAAUAGCCAAGUUACUUUCCUGCAUGUCUUCCAUCACACCAUCAUGCCAUGGACCUGGUGGUUUGGAGUCAAAUUUGCUGCAGGUGGUUUGGGAACAUUCCAUGCCUUAUUGAAUACAGCUGUUCAUGUAGUCAUGUACACCUACUAUGGAUUGUGUGCACUGGGACCAGCCUAUCAGAAAUAUUUGUGGUGGAAAAAAUAUUUGACAACACUACAGCUUGUUCAAUUUAUAAUGGUGACAGUCCAUAUAGGACAGUCUUUCCUUGUCAAGGAUUGCAAAUACCAGUUUCCAAUCUUCCAGUACAUCAUUAUGUGCUAUGGGUGUAUCUUCCUGAUUUUGUUUGCCCACUUUUGGUAUCGUGCUUACACUAAGGGGCAAAGGCUGCCCAAAACUGUGAAAAAUGGAGUCUGCAAAAGCAAGAAUAAUUGAAAUCUCAUGUUGACACAGAUACUUCAGACUGUUAUCCUAUAUUCUAGACAAUCAAAACAUAUUUAGAUGUGCAGUACAUUUUGUAUGUUUUUCUUCAAAACCAAGAGCUUGUAUUUUUAUGAUAAGUUAUUUGGGUUUCUCAUAUUUGAGAGGGAGGGUAAUAUGCAGAUUAGAAAUGAAUCUUCAGGGGCAGCUAGGUGGUACAAUGGAUAGACACCAGUCCUGAAGUUAGGAGGAUCUGAGUUUAAAUCUGGC